GUGAGUGUGACUGUGUUUGUCAGAGAGAUCUACCGCCUCAUCUGUUCUCCCUUUCCGCAGAUCGGGUCAUUUCAACCGCUGGUGUACUGCACGCUGCUGCCGCUAACUGUGCAGUCACCGCACCCCCUGUGCAGAGAAUGACCUCCUGAGCUGCUGUGUCAGCGGGCAUCUGAGUGCCGGACCAGCAGCGAUCAUUCAAGUCCUGGGUUCCCAGUUGGCCUUGGAGUUUUGGUCAGAUAACCAACCCCAGGGACAUUUGCAUCUAGAGGGCCUAGGUGGUCACAUAUAGACACAUCGAUUUUCACAAUGACUGAAUUUUUGACCGCACUGGUCUAUGCCUCAGAAAAAUCUGCAAACAUUGCUCGUGCCUGCAAGCAAGAGGAGACACUCUUUCAGCUGCUGGUGCAAGAGAAAAAGGGGAGUGAGAAAAAUAAGAAAUUUGUUAGUGAUUUCAAAACACUGGCAGAUGUAUUAGUCCAAGAAGUAAUCAAACAUGAUAUUGGAAAGAAAUUUCCAGGGCUGGAAGAUUACAUCUUUGGUGAAGAAUCAAAUCAAUUCACUAACAGUCUGGGAGAGAAGAUCAAAGUUGAAGUCUGUGCAACAGAGACAGAAACUGCAGAGCUGUUGAGCAAAGUGUUGGAUGGUAAUAUGAUAGCAGCCAAACUAUUAGCUCGGAUUGUUCAUCAUGAUGUCUCCAUUAAAGAUCCUGCAUUGGAGAAGGUGAAAGUUGAUAUUCCCCAGGAUACCAUGGCAGUGUGGGUAGAUCCUAUAGACUCAACAUUUCAGUACAUAAAAGGAUAUGCUGAUGAAAAGCCUAAAGAUGGAAUUUACUCCAAAGGCCUCCAGUGUGUGACCAUUCUGAUUGGUGUAUAUAACCGAAGUUCUGGGCUCCCCAUAAUGGGGGUCAUCAACCAGCCCUUUGUAACCCGUGAUCCAGAUAGUCUCAGAUGGAGAGGUCAAUAUUUCUGGGGGCUUUCGUAUAAAGACAUCAACAUCUGUUCACUGCAGAAUCAGGAUGCAAAUGCUACAUCUCAGUCAACUGAUGAUCAGCAUGAAGAUCCAAGGUGGAAUGAAGAGCUGCAGCCUGGAGAUGAUAAUUUAUCAGCUGUCAUUAGUACAAGUGAAAACGAAGCUAUCAAGACGGCAUUGUCCAUGUUACGGUUGUACUAUGCAGCUGGUGCUGGCUAUAAGAGCCUAUGUGCUGUACAAGGCUUUGUCAGUGUCUAUCUUUUUUCUGAGGACACCACUUUCAAAUGGGACUGCUGUGCACCUCAUGCUAUACUGAGGUCUUUGGGAGGAGGUAUGGUAGACUUUAGAGAAUACUUGAAAAGAAUAAAAGAUGGUAAUUUGGAUGAACUUCCUGAGUUAAUCUAUAAUACACCAGUGAAUGGUGCCACUGGUGUGGACAGAUGGGCCAAUAAAGGGGGCUUAGUAGCUUACAGGUGUCCCAAACAUUUGGAUACCAUUAUGAACAUCAUUUCUAAAGUCAACCUUGGAUAAUAAUUAUGUUUUUAAAUUGCCUUUCCAUUUAAAAGGGCAGCUAAUAAUAUGAUAAAAUGUAUUACAAAUAUAAUACAGGUUUGGACUUCACAUACUUUAGUUAGCAAUACAACAAAACCAAAGGAAGUCUUGCAUUUUACGGUCAGAUUCACAGAACAAACUUUAAAGAGAGAAUGUACAGUGCUUGUUUAAGUAAGAACUGAGACUACUAGCAUGGAGACAAAUCUCAAAGAUUGCAAGAUGAUACAUUUAAUUACCAUGCAGCCACUAACACUAUAAAUAUAUAUAUAUAGAUAUAUGUUUUAUCACAGCAUUUCUCAAAUGUCUUCCUGGUGUGACCACAUUUUAAUGACUCUGGCAUUGUGUUAUCCCAGAGUGAAAAUUUAGGGGCUUUGAGACUUGUUGCGGGGGAGAUUUCAGCUGUUGAUCAGCUGUGGGCGAAGUAAGAUGAGUGUGGGCAAAGUUGAUGCAAAGCCAGGCGUUCCACAAGAAAUGCAACACCUACUGUUUCACAAGCUUGUUCUGUUCAGCAAUCCAGGCUGUGAGAGAGUAGUCCAUUAACCCAUGUCCACCAAUAACAAAAAAAAAGCAAAGCUUUAAGGGGGCCACACAGUCCAAGUCCCAUUGCAGGCAUUGCUCAGGACCUCAAAAUUUUGUGUCGCAACUGCACUGGGCGAUCACCACUCACAGUCUGCAAGACCUGGUUUCAUGAUAAUUUGAAUUUGGUUAAAUUCAGACACAGGGCAUAAAUUUAACAGUGGCAUGACAUUUCCAGUGGCAGAAUUUCUUUCUUGCUUUUUCCUCGUCCCUGCACAGUUACAAUUAUAAUCAAUAGAACUACAAGGUACAUCAUACAGCAGGAGAAGUUCAACCCACUGGAGCUACAGAUGGGUUGUAAAAGAGCCUCCUGGACAAGCAGGGAGACAGUUCAUCAGAGUCACAACUUUCCUGCCCAAUGGUAAUUCACUUUAUUUAUAUUGGCAUCAUUGUUAUUUGUGGAGACUAGUUUAGUCAGAGAACUACAUGUACUGGCACAUCUCAUGGUUGGCACACAUUGGUUACAGUGGAAUUAGGAACAUAUCAUUCUUGUGGAAGAGACAAUGAUGAGUUUUAUUGUUCACGUGUCCUGUUUUAUACUCUCCAGUCUGUGUGACGUGGCUGAACUUGCAGUUUCAACUGGCUGUCCCUUCAAUGCAUUGUAAAGAAUAUUGCCUGAGAUCACUUUCAGCAGGGUUAAUUGACAUGUUCUUGGUGAAUUCAAAACCCUAUAAGAGCUUUGCCAGCCGACAACCAGAGAUAGACCUCAUGUGGACAUUGUUGACACCAUCUUUUACGUCCCUCAUUUUCUUACUUGCACUGUCUAUUCCACCAACCCCACCACAACCAAAAUGCCAGGCCCUUCCCUUGUCUGUUUCCCCAUGCCUCCAGACACUCCUUACCACUCUCCUUACUACUAAGUCAUUCUUGCCAGUUUCCAUGCAACCUCCCACUUUCCUACUCCAUUCCCUAAUGAUGCAGAGUUCAAUAAGUAAAAUCACUGGUAGAUAAACAGAGGCUGGAAGAACACAGCGCGCCAAGCAGCAUCUGGAGGAAAGGAGAUGUCAACGAUUUGGUCUUGCCCUUCUUCAGGACUGGAUGUGGGGGUAGGAGGAGUUGCAGAUAAAGAGUUGUGGGGGGUGGUUAGCGAAAUGGUGGUGAUAGGUGGAGCCCAGUGUCCACCUGUCAUCACCAUUCCGCUUCUCUUCCCCUUUAUCUGCAGCUCCCCCUACCCCCACUUCCAGUCCUGAAGAAGGGUAAUAUUGACUGUUGACUGCUGCUUUCCUCCAG